AUUGCUUGAGGCAAAUCGUUGACUGCUGUCGAGCAUUGUCGAGCUCCAAUAAGAAAUUCAUUAUCUCGAGUGACUUUAUCGCGAGUAAGUUUAUGAAAUUCCGAAAUAGAGUUCCACGAUCUUGACAAGUGGGAACAACAAUGCGGAAUGCAGAUCAAUGACAUUGCGAACAUAACCCCGGUCAACAUGACAUAUUCCCAGAUCUAUGGAAAACACGACCUUGUCGUGAUUAUCAACGAAUAACAGUUUUGGAUUGACUCCAUACACAAAAAAUAUCUUCAGUGAUUCAACCGAGACUUGAAUACAAAUUAAGCAAAAGCUUCCUCAAGAUACAAAAAAAAAAACAGCAAUGGGACUUCUAUUCGCCAAAUUAUGGAGUCUCUUCGGCAACGAAGAGCACAAGAUUGUAAUGGUGGGUCUCGAUAAUGCGGGAAAGACAACGAUCCUGUACCAAUUCCUUAUGAAUGAAGUAGUCCACACGUCGCCAACAAUUGGCUCGAAUGUGGAGGAAGUUGUGUGGAAGAACAUUCAUUUCAUAAUGUGGGAUUUGGGGGGACAGCAGAGCUUACGAGCUGCCUGGUCUACAUAUUACACCAACACUGAGUUUAUAAUCAUGGUGAUUGAUAGCACAGAUAGGGAGAGACUCAGUGUUAUCAGGGAAGAGCUCUACUCUAUGCUGAAUCACGAGGAAUUAAGCAAAGCUAAUGUCUUGGUUUAUGCCAAUAAACAAGAUUUGAAGGGGAGCAUGAGUGCAGCUGAAAUAUCGAGGCAGCUUGAUUUAACAUCUAUCAAAAAACACCAGUGGCACAUACAGAGUUGUUGUGCACUCACUGGUGAAGGGCUCUACCAAGGCCUCGAAUGGAUUGUCGGGCGUCUCAAGAAAACAUGACGGAUUAUUCCACCCUCAAUUUAACAAUAAUGGUUGUACAAAUUGACUAUGCUCUAUCAUAUGUAAGAAUUAAUUCCUUUUCUAUCAUAAAAAAAGGUAUGGAAGAUCCUGGUGGGCGGGAGAGCGCUAAACGUGCAAUUCAAUAUGAGAUGGCUCGACUGAAUUCAUUCGUGUUCCAUUAGUCGAAUUGAAGUUAAUCGGUGAUACUCAUUUACCAUAGAUAAUGUUCUUCGCAGUACGUACUGAAGCCCGUCCACCUUCCAUAAUGACACAGGGAGAAUGGAAAGCCCUUUCAAGCCGUAAAUUAAAUAAUUCAACAAGCGAAGUGUUCGACCUGUUGAGCAACUCCAGUUUCAAUAUUUUUUAUUCUUGUAAAUAUGCUUCAGUAUGUACUAUUUAAUUCUGUAGAUAAACAAGUGCUCGUCAUUUAUCAAUUAGUAUUAUUUUAUAGUCAUUAACAUCACAAAAAUGUCACGAGAGAAAUUCACAACUCGAGAGUAAAAUAUUCUUGUAAUUGUACUUCCUUCGUGGCCCAUUAAAAUUUAUAACAUAAUACAUCAUAAAAUAAGUGAUGAAAGUUACUCAACAAGUCCGAACCAGAGCAGACUAUUCUGUGAUAACGUGAUUUUAGCAGUGAGACAGUUGUCCCCUCAACAAUAGCAAUAUAUUUCUUUUCCAAACUGGAAUCAAAGAAUUUUAUUGAAGAAUUAUUCAGUCUCAAAGAGGAAAGAGUAACACGUCGAGAUUUCAAAGGGAAUAUCUCUGAAUCUGAGUGGGAAAUUCUUCGCUAUUCAAUUAGUUGAAAGAAUAAGCUCAAAAGUGAGCGGCAAGAGCUUUUUAAUUCAUUAUAACUGAUACCCCAACGACUGUCUAUGUAUCAUUUCCGUUUUUGCAUUGACAUUUUUAUUAAUCCAUAGAUAGCAAUACUCUGCUAGAUCAUUUUCCUGUAGAAGGGAAUAGAGGAUAAUGAAAGGGUUUCAAUUGAGUGAGAGAGUUAAUCGGUUAAUUAACGAUUACGUCUCAAUCAUCCGAGUGAGAUUGAAAGAAAACGAAGAGGAAAGUAUAUAGAAGAAAUGAAGAAAUCAUUUUUCUCAUAUUGAGAAAAUAAUUGAAAUUGAGGAUAAUCUUACACUAGAAGCUGAUCAUCACACUUCUCUCCCCUUGAAUUUGUCUCUGAAUGCCUGUCAUGCGGGUGCAGCUAUUGUGGUCAAGAUAAUUUUUUCAUAUUGUUUAAUCUCUUCCCUUUGUACUGUGCAUUGGACACGACGGAAAGUAAAGCCACCGAAUUUUAUUGGUUGUAUUAAGCUCGUUAAAAUAUCAAGAUGUCAUUGAUCAUGUGUAUUAUAUUACUGGUUUCAAUACGACCACAGAACAAUGGGAAGUUGGAAAUGAAGAGAAGAGGGUGGAGUAUCUAUAGUUUUUUGUCUAUGAAUCUGUUGAAAGGGUAAAGUUGAUGGAAUUAUGAUGUAUAAAAUUAAUAAUAAACAUGAUGCAAUUAUUA